AUGGCUUGUAGAGUCAGUGCUACUAUGUUUUUUGUCAGCCUGUGUGUGAUCUUUUUAAUGGAGACUGAGGUAUUAAGGGCUGCCAACCCUUCAAAUACAAGCAGUCAAACAGUGACGGAUGAACAGUCAGAUUUAAUAGUUAAGAAAAGUUCCAUAGAAAAAGGAAUGGAUGUAUUGUAUGAUAUGGCAAAUGGAUUUCUAGAUGUAGUUCAAUCUGAAAAACUUUUUGAUCAAACUUGGUUAACCAUAUACCUCAUAUACUUCAGUGGAAGAGAUUGUAUUGUGGGGGUGGGGGAAGGAGGUUUAGGGGGGUUAUCCAUUUUGUUAACAGUCAGUUAG